AUGUCGCAGGCGCAACUGAAACUUUUGAUUAAAAAACAGAAUCCGAACUUGGGUAAGCCCAUGACAAUACUAGAGCCGCCGAAGAUUAUACAGCAGCCGCCGAUGAAGGAGUUCCGAAGGAAGCCGCCGAAUCCUGUUUCAUCCAAGAAGCAGUCCAAACCUGGUGUUGCUCCUCCAACUCCGAAAGCCAAUGAGAAAGAGGAGAACGGAAAGAGGUUGCUGGUGGAGAAGACUGAGGAUGUGGUUGAGCAAAAUUCUCAAAAGCCCGAUUCACCGCAGCAAAACGGCAAUGCGUUGCCGGUGGAGAAGACUGAGAUUGUGACCAAGCAAAAUUCUCAAAGGCAGGAUUCGCCGCAAGAGGAGGAAACACCGCAGCAAAUGUGCCAGAAGCCAGAAGAAGAAGAAGAGCUCCCCAAGGAAAAUGAUUGGGCCACGUCGAACAUCGAUGUUGCUCAGCAAGAACCGAAGCUCCAUAACGACAGGAAGCCGCCGCUGCAGAAGUGGUAUCCCCGGGAGCAGGCCAGGCAGAAGCCCCUCCCACAGGGUCCUCCCCAGCUGGGCAGCCUCCACGAGUAUCCCCCCUUGAACUACUAUCACAACGGUGUGAUUAGGCAGCAGCCUCAGCACAGUCCACCUGAAUACUACCAGGUGCAGCCGAACUAUGUCCAGGCUGCGGUGCUAUCCCAACCAUAUGGUAGUGCCGCGAACCCCCAUCCCUCUGGCUACCAGGCGUGGUAUCGCCUGGAGGACGAGUAUCCAGAGUUGCCGACAUCCAGCAGUUCAUCAUCCGCUCCCUACAAUGUGUCGCACGGACCAUCGGUGCCCAUUACCAACGAUGGCCGAACGCAUAUGCCGCCUCCGAAUGCGAAUGCCUGGAAUUACUUUACCGGAUACCAAGCGACGCGUGGACCAAUCGAUGGUCCUUCGACCACGGUAACCAUAACACCGCAGUUCAAUGGGAUCACUCAGCCGCAGUUGUCGUCCACCAUGGAGAUGACGCCGCUUGGUUCCUACGAGGCGCCACUUUUGCAACCCGAAACCCUGAAUCUGAACUUUGACACCUUCAGCUUGACGGGCCUUUCGGUGCAGGAACCCCGGCAGGGUGAGCCAGCACAUCCGCCGGGCUACCAUGUCUUCAAUGCCAGUGAGUCGCAAACUGUUAUGCUGACCGCCGAGGAUCGGCGUCAUCUGCAGGAGGCCCUCACCCAGCGGGAGAUUCCGCUGGACAUUGCCUUGCGGGCCGUUAUCGAGGAUCUUCGCCGGGAGCGAUUGGGUCAGGGGGCAGCUACUCAUCUGCCGGAGCAACCCAGUCAACAUGCCAGCAUGCAGGCGGAGUAUCCGCCGAAUUCGAACGGUCCGAUCAGCCAGGACCAUAAUGCUUGCAUGGAGCAAGUGAAUCAAUCGGCGACUGCGUAUCCGAAUGGGGACAUGGAUGCUUCUGGCUAUCCGACGAGCAGCGGCUACAGUGGUGGCUACCAGGCCCAGCCAGGCAAUGGCUACUAUGACCCCAAUCCCGAAUCGACGCCCAGCUCGGAUUCCUCGGCGGAACCAGUGGCCGUACCGUCCACAUUCAAUCCACCGCUAAUGGGAUAUCCGAUGUAUCCCGAGUAUGAUUAUUUGCCCGGCUUCGGCCACAUUCGUCCGGGUUACUUGCCGAAUUUUAACCAGGCCGACUAUGCGGAGGACUACGUUCCCAAUUUCCUGCACGACUUUGUUCCUUACUACAAUCAGCUUCCACCGCAGCACUUCCAUCCAUCCGGCACUUCCAACCGCUUCAACCAUCCCAGCCGCGGCAAUAUGCAGUAA